AUUUUAUUGAUAUUUAUUCAAAAAGUGCAUGUCAUUCCCACAUGACUUGGACUUUAUAUGUGCAUUCAACAUAGCCUGCAAAGACAGCAAACAUGGUGACAUUAUAAUCUAAUAAAAUAUUGACAUUCAGUUUCUAGUUCAGUUUAAGUGAGUGGAAAUGGAAACAUAAAAUCACUUGGGUGCAGGACAGAUCAAGUUCAUGCCAAUGUUUUGCGUAAAACGUCACCAAGCUUUGUGGUAUUUCCCUGACGAUGUUCCGUGACGUCAUAUCAUUAGGCGUAUAACGUUGUACACAGCACACCAUCUUUGACACAUGAAAACAGUGAAAAAUAUCAUAUAUUUUCACGUUUUUCGAGAAUCAAGAUGGUGCAAACAGUAAAGCGACGCCAGGCCAGUGUGCAGCGUGUACAGCAAAUGAUAAAUGGCAUUGCCUACAUCCGCUCACAAAAACAGCUUACCAAUCUAGAGAGGCUGUCAAGAUACAUGGAGCGUGAACACAAUGUCACCAAGUCUGAGUUAGAGAGGCAGCUCCACUACGCAGUCCUGGACAACCUGAUCCUGUCCUACACUGGGGUGGGAUUCAAAGGGGCCAAGGUGGGCAUCGAGUACGAGGGAUUCAGAGUGCCGGAGCCUGGAGAACUGGAACUAGACGACGAUGGUCAUGACUGGUACUGCUUUGAGUGCCACGGUCCAGGGGAGAUGUACGCGUGUGCAGACUGCUGGCGGGUGUUCCAUGCUGACUGUCAGGACGAGGACACCUCCGACAUCAACUACAUCUGUGCCGUGUGCAAGUCAUCCAGAAAGAAAAAGAAGACCAAGCGGAAGUUGUUGAAUACCCUGCUAAGUUACACCAUUGUUAGAUUGAAAGAAAAGACACGAGAACUUCACCGUAUUGGUCACAGGGACGAGGAGAAAAAAAACAUGCAUCUGUUUGUGUACAAGUCCAUUGACCUAAACAAGAUGGAGGCUAAAGUGAUUGCGCACAAAUACAAAUGUAUUGAGGAGUUCCUGGCGGACACUCACCUUAUCCUGCAUAAUAUGGUGUUGAUCUACGGAGAUGAAGUACCUGGUGGAAUGACAGAACUUGCUAAAAUCAUGAUUAGAGAUUGUAAAUAUGAUAUUGAUGAGAUGGCACAGUGCCAGAAUUGUUACUACAUGUCCAAUGCAAAACCCAAGCAUUGGUUUGCGCAACCCUGUGACCCGCCCCACGAGCUUGUGUACGCCAAGCUGAAAGGCUACAGCUACUGGCCGGCCAAGGUGAUAAACUAUGUGGACAGCGAGCGAUACGAUGUGAGAUUCUUCGGUGGACUCCACCAGAGGGCAGUCAUUCCAAAGGAUCAGAUAAAGCCCAUUGAUGCUGAUCUCAAAAAACUAAGCAUAAAACGCACUUCAGGGUUUGCGAAGGCACUGCAGGAACUAAAGGUCCACCAGGAUCUGCUAUCAGAGGUAGAGCCCAAGCAGGGUGGAGAUGAUGAGGACGAGGAGGAGGAGGAGGAAGAGGAGGAGGUACAAAAGGUGUCCUCAACAUCCAUCACAACCAGUAAAGAGGCCAAGCGCAAACGGGUCUCAAUGCCAGAUAACACAGUCACAUCAUCUGAGGAGUACCAUCCACAGAGACAACGCGUACCGUCCAUAGAUGAGUACACCUUCAAUGGAGAGGAGGUCAAAGAACCCCCCAAAAAACGGUCGCGACUCUCCACCAAUAAUACUGCGUCUCAAACCAGCAAAAAGCGCUCCACGUUAACGUCAGAAAUAUCAACCCAGACAGAUGACCCAGUUCCCAUAGUAACCACAGAAACAACCCCCAGCUCUUUGCAGACCAUUGCAACAGAAACCCCGGUAACAGAGGAAACAAUAGCCGAUCAGGAAAAAGCUUCGGAUCAGGUUGACAUAUCUGUGCAGGGCAGCGAGGACGAAACAGGGACUCGAACAUGCAACUGCAGUGCAAAGUACACAAAGAUGAUGUCAGAGCAGAAGGAGCGGCUGGACAGGGCACACAGGGAGGAGAGGCAGAAGGCAUUGGAUGAACUCUCUGAACAGCUCCGUAAGGACUUUGAAGAGGACAAGCAGCAGGCAGUUACCCGGGCGAUGGGAAAGCUACAGGCAGAGAUGGACAAGGUACGCAGGCAGACAGAGGACAAGUGCAAGGAGCAGUACAAGGACGAGAUGAAGAAACUUGCACAGAAACACAAGGAGACCAUCUCCGCUACCAAGAAGAAACAGUGGUGUUACAACUGCGAGGAGGAAGCCAUGUACCAUUGCUGCUGGAAUACGUCCUACUGCAGCGUGAACUGUCAGCAAGAGCACUGGCACAGAGAACACAAACGAGUCUGCCGCAGGAGGAGAUAAACAGUGGGACAGCCAGGGCUGCACUUCUACUGAUUUAGCUAUUUAAUGACAACUUCUUAAUUUUGAAAGUCAUUGCAUAAACUGUAUAUGUGUGGUUGGAUCUUCACAUUUGCAGUCAUUGCAUAAAGUAUAGAUGUUGAAAGCCCUCCACUUUGGCAGUCAUUACUGGACCACUUGUCAAUAUUGGCUGGUAAAAUUUUUAUAUUUGCUUUACAUUUGUUACACGUCAGUUAUAAUAGUAAUUUCAACACAAAAAUGUAUUUAAGGACUUGGUCUCUCAGCAAGCUUUACCUUCACAAUGUGUAAUGUGUAUAUAAGAGAACACAGAAGAUGCCUGUAUGAGUAGAUUCAACGAACAUUGAGUGUUCAACUAUUGUAUCUCGCAUAGAUUUAUCAAGCAGAUACAAUAAUUUUGUACUAAACAUGUGAUAUUUCCAUACAAUAAGGAGCAAAAUAUGUAUCUAAGUGGUAAAGGGUUAAAGUGGGGCACUUUUCGUUUUACAUGCAUCUUUUUUCUUAAUGCACACUGAGUUGAAUGUCUGUCUGGUUAGUGAAGACAUGCAAAUGAAGUAAACACUGUGAGAUGUUGCUAAUGUUGCUAGAGAAGUGUAAGAACCUGUUAUAUUUAUGCCCCCCUUCGAAGAAGAGGGGGUAUAUUGCUUUGCUCAUGUCGGUCUGUCGGUGUGUCCACCAGGUGGUUGUCAGACGAUAACUCAAGAACGCUUGGUCCUAGGAUCAUGAAACUUCAUAGGUACAUUGAUCAUGACUCGCAGAUGACCCCUAUUGAUUUUGAGGUCACUAGGUUAAAGGUCAAGGUCACGGUGACCCGAAAUAGUAAAAUGGUUUCCGGAUGAUAACUCAAGAACACAUAUGCCUAGGAUCAUGAAACUUCACAGGUAGAUUGAUCAUGACUCACAGAUGACCCCUAUUGAUUUUGAGGUCACAAGGUCAAAGGUCAAGGUCACGGUGACCCGAAAUAGUAAAAUGAUUUUUGGAUGAUUACUCAAGAACGCUUUUGCCUAGGAUCAUGACACUUCAUAGGUACAUUGAUCGUGACUCGCAGAUGACCCCUAUUGAUUUUCAGGUCACUAGGUCAAAGGUCAAGGUCACAGUGACAAAAAACGUAUUCACACAAUGGCUGCCACUACAACGGACAGCCCAUAUGGGGGGCAUGCAUGUUUUACAAACAGCCCUUGUUCCUAUUUAAGUAUGCUUUAUUAUCAUAUGUGUAUAUUGCCAUUGGUAUACCAAUUAAAAGCUGUUAUUAUAUUGAAUAUGUUUUAAAAUGUGAGUGUGUAAAUCAGGACUGAAAGGAUCUCGGUAGCAAACAGUAGAAAACAUAUAAAGUUUGGUUAACCUGGUCCCAAUUGAACUGUUAAUCUUGUUAUAGAGAUUUUCAGUAUCUGUAAGUAACAGUCUCUAUACUUACUCCUUGAUAAAUAUGUGUCGCGUUCUGAGAAAACUGGGCAUAAUGCAUGUGCGUAAAGUGUCGUCCCAGAUUAGCCUGUGCAGUCCGAAUCAGGGACGACACUUAUCGCUUUUAUGGAUAUUUUUCGUUUUAAGGAAGUCUCUUCUACACGAAAAUACAGUUAAGGCGGAAAGUGUUGUCCCUGAUUAGCCUGUGUUGACUGGACAGGCUAAUCUGGGACGACACUUUACGCUCAUGCAUUAUGCCCAGUUUUCUCAGAGCGCGGCUCAUAUGUUCAAUCAGUACUAACUUUGGUGUAGUUGUUUUGUUGUAAGACCUAUGAUAAGUAUUCCUUAUUUCAGAAAUACCAAGGUACAUGUAUUUAUUACUUUUUUUGCUCUUUUUAUGGCUGCCACUUUAAAAAAGGCGGCAUAUAGCAAUUGGAUUGUACGUCUGUCCAAAUGCGUCUGAAAUCUCUUGUUUCAGCCAUAACUUUGCCAUUUAUUUGUGGAUCUUCAAAUAACAUCAUAAGAGAGCAAGUGACAUCAUACCCCAAAGGUCUGAGCCAUAACUUUGCAAAAUAUUUAACCCUUUACCACUUCGAUAAGUAUUUUCACCCAUUCGUAGUCCCUUAGAAAGUAAGAUUUAAUUAAAAACAUUUCUUACUAGAUUUAAGUUAUAAAGGCUUCAUUUUCAACCCUUAGAUACUGAUGGGCAGCAAACAGAAUACAACCUAAACAGACGGCGAGUUACUCGCAGGCUGUUAUGGUUUUAUUCUGUUUGCACAUGCCCAUUUUCACUUUGCUUCUGAGUGGGAAAGGUUUAACUUGACACAAUUGUAAACCAUUGUAUGGCAACGGGGCGCCUGUAACACCAGUCUCCAUAUAUCAAAGGUCAAGGAGGUAAAAUUUGGCAACAAAUGGCCAUAAAGCAGUCUCUGAGAAAACUUCUAAGACAUCUCUACAAGAAGUAUUAAAGAACAAAGGGAGCCACAAUUUUAUUUUUUUUAAAUCUAACUCUCGCAUAAUUCCAUAUCCACGAAGUUGGCUGUUCAAUGUUCAGUACAUAUACGAGGAGUCUGCAUUUCUGUAUUAUGAACUUGUUUAUUGAUCUAUAGCUAACCUAAAUUAACCAGCCCUUUUUUGGAAUUAAGGGAAAUGUUUUGGGUCCUUUAAAUGGGAGUUUUGUAAAAUGACAUAAAAUGUACAAUUGCUGUAUUAAAGUGGUAUCUUAUAAAACGCAUAUAUUGUUUAAAGUCAAUUAAAUUCACCUAACUCGGUUUCUUUUGAAAAUAUUUACAAUCUUAUCAAAUAUUAUGUCUUUGUCAAUAAUGGUCUGAUUUUUGUUUGUUUUUUUACUUCAAAAAGUUUAGAUUCUGAAGGGAAAUUGUUAUGAAAAAUAGGAGAUAAAUAUUAAAUAAUUCCUUAGGAAAAUGAUGCGGAACUUUGUUCCAAUAAUUGCAUAAAUAAUCCUUUAGACUCUGAGUUUGAAUUUAAGUGUCCUUUAUCUGUAUAUAGUUGCCAAUUAUAAUGUGAAUGUUGGCGAGCUAAAUCUUUAACCCAUUUAUGCCUAGCGUCUAGAAAAAAGGCCAUGGCAAACAGCGUUGACCCAGAUGAGAUGCAGCAUGAUGCGGCGUCACAUCAGGGUCUUCGCUGUUUGCUUAAAGGAAUUUCUGUAAGAAAUUUUCUAAAUAUAGAAAUAAAUAUACUAGAAAUCCCUAAUUUUGGAAAUAAAUUGAUCCAAUUUAGAAGGAUGGCAGAGUCCACUGGGCAUGAAUGGGUUAAUCAACUAAGUUGUCAUUGUCACAGUCAAUGGUUACUACUUACCCACCCUGUGGAUGGUUCUGUCCAUGUGUUCAGCAUGCUCUAGUCACUUGCCAUCACUUCAUGUCAUAUAAGGUCAUGUAUUCAAAAACAAUAACAACUUAUUAAUAUUUAUGAAUGUAUCAUGUUUUUUUAACACACUUGUCUUACAUUUUUGUCAAGAUUUCAUUUUCAUAAGAUGAAAAGUCUGUGUCUAUUUCAAACUUAUCAAAAAUGUUUGUUUCAUUCAUAUUUUUAGUUGUGCAUCGACUCUGAAUGUACUCAUACAAUAUAUUAUAAGUACAUUUGUAAAACAAAUCAAUAUGUGUAUAUACAUAAGAGGUAUUAUAUGAAUUAAUACAGCUUGAGGUCCAGAUAUUCCCCUGACACUUAUUGGAAAGAAUUUGGAUACAAGAGUCUGCAAUCUUAAGUAUCGCCUAGGAGACCCACGUGUAAUAAUAGUCAUGAUAAUGUUACACUUUUUAAACCAGUUGCAUUGGUUUUAUGCGCCUUAGGUGACGCAUAUUGUUUCGCCUUAUGACAUGGUCCAUUAUGUUAUAUAUAUGAGCCUUGUGCUAAGAAAACUGGGCAUAAUGCAUGUGCAUAAAGUGUCAUCCCAUAUUAGCCUGUGCAGUCUGAACAGGCUACAUCAAGGACGACACUUUCUUCCUAAACUUGAUUUUCAGUAAGGAGGGACUUCCUUGAAACUAAAAAUACCAUAAAAGCAGAAAGUGUCAUCCCUGAUUAGCCUGUGCAGACUGCACAGGCUAAUCUGGGAUGACACUUUACGCAGUGCAUUAAGCCCAUUUUUCUCAGAACAAGGCUUAUAAAAAGCUAUAUAUUUUUAUAAUAAGACAAAUAUUUGAAAGGUACGUUUUUGAGCUGUCUAGUAAUGAGUUGUAGUUAAUUGUCAUGGUCUAAUCAUACACUGUUAACCUGAUGUAUGUGUCAUUUGUAAACUAUACACAUCAUAAUGAUUCUGGUUUGCAAAUACUUUUGAUCAACAGAAUAACAAAAUUAAAUUAAUAUUUUAAUUAAACAAGUCUGAUUUUUAUUAGGCAAUUUAAAUCUCAUGUUUUUGUUAUUCACUUAUUCACUUAACUAGUCUUUGUGUAGCUAUGAAGCAAAGCUCCUUUUGCCUUUUAACUCUUCCAGUGCUGGAACCGAAUGUUGAAGGCCUUUGCAAACAGUUUGGAUCCAGAACGUGGCGUCUCAUCAGGAUCCAAACUGUUUGCUAUUCUGAUAGUGUUCUUUGAAAAAAAUCAAAGAAAAUGCUAAUUUUAGAAAUUCAGCAGACAACAAUUUAGCAGACUACAAAUUUCCCAGCAUGCAAUGGGUUAAAUAUUAUUCAUCCUAAGCUGUUUUUUGUGUAAUGUACUUUUAUUAAAUGUGUACAUGCAAGACAUAGUUGGUAGCUAAAUUGAAUGUGUCAGUGACAUGGAUUCAUUUUUGAAAUACAAAUAUGUUAGAAUAUAUAGAUAAUAUUGUUUAUACUAAUAAUAUAAGUGUAUUAGUGAAAAUACUUUUGUUUUUGUACAUUUUUAUAUACUUUUGUAAACUUUCUUUUACGAAUACAAACCAUUCUUAUAUGUAUGUCAUAUGCCAUUAACAUAAAAAAAAUCAUAUUUUUAUUUUAAAUACUUCUGAACCUGGCUUUAGCAUACAUUUGUAAUUUUUCACUGAUACAUAUUCAUUCAAGCUAUGUGUUUUAUCUAAUGCAGUGUAGAUAAUUAUUGACAUCCAUGUUCCCAUGAAUAGUUCUGAAGUGGCAAGGCCUCUAUUCUUUUUAUGCUCCCCCAAAAUUGGAGCAUAUAGUCGCCGCUUCGUCUGUCCGUGUGUGCGUCUGUCUGUCCGUCCGUGCACAAUUUUUGUCUGGGCUAUUUUUCAGCAACUAAUGACCGGAAUUCAAUGAAACUUUAUGGGAAGCUUCACUACCAAGAGGAAAUGUGCAUAUUAUCAGCGGGUUCUGGUCAGAUGAUUUUUCACAGAGUUAUGGCCCUUUGAAAUUUUUGAAAUUUUCCAUUAACUGUACAUACAGUGAAAUUCUUGUCCGGGCUAUUUCUCAGCAACUAAUGACCGGAAUUCAAUGAAACGUUAUGGGAAGCUUCACUACCAAGAGGAGAUGUGCAUAUUAUCAGCGGGUUCUGGUCGGAUGAUUUUUCACAGAGUUAUGGCCCUUUGAAAUUUUCUAUAAAAAUAUUAUUGUCCCCCCAACUACUGUGCCCUCAAGACGUUUCCUUUUAUCAGAAUAUAUAGUGCAAUAUUGUGACAAAAAAAUUUUGGGGAGCAUCACAGAUACCAAAAACUGUAACUUCAAGUAUAAUUGUAAGAAAGAGUAAUGUCCCUUUGAUCAGUUGAGUUCUGAUCACCCAGGGCUUUUUUGCCAUUUCCUUCAUUUCCUAAUUUUGUGCCCCAUUCUCGACCCAUAAUUUCUAUAUUAUUCUCAAUCCAUGAAUAAAUCUAAAUUCCAUAAAGCUUUAUGGCAGUGCUUGCAUUCUAUAGGUAUAGUUUUAUUUAUUGAUGCUUUUGAUACACUUGCUAAAGCUUAACUCUUUCAGUGCAGGAACCGAAUUUUGAAGGCCUGUGCAAACAGUUUGGAUCCAAACUGUUUGUUAUUCUGAUAGUAUUCUUUGAAAAAAAUCGAAGAAAAUGCUAAUUUUAGAAAUUUAGCAGACGACAUUUUAGCAGACGACAAAUUUCCCAGCAUGCAAAUGGUUAAACCUACUGGAAUUGGGACGUAAGUGGGCAUUCACACAUCACCACUACAACCGAAUAUAGUUAGAUUUAUACCGGUAUCUGGAUUUUUUAUCAUUUACAAACCAUUCACAGGUUUUGCUAUAAAUGUUAAGAUGGUAAAAAUUUAUUAAUGCUAGAAUGAAUGAUGUUUUGUUCCAAAUGCUUGUAUUUGAUAAGUAAAGUAGUUUACAUUACAAUUGGUAAUAUAUUUUUUAUAUUGAAAAAAAAGUUGUUUGUUUAUUCAUGUUGUUUGCAUUAUAUUGUCUUUCCCUGCUUCGUUCAUUUGAUAUAUAUCUUUAUUAAAACAUGUGACUUUAAGAAAAGCCCAUGCAAUUUUUUCAAAUAUAGCCUUUGUUUAUUUCAUCAUAAAUUUAAACCAGAAUGUCUGUAUGUGGUGUUACAUUUGGUAAUUGCUAAUUUUACACAUUUGGAUUGUAUAGUAAUGCUAUGACGUCAUUGUUAUUUUUUAAGAAUUGAAUGUCAUUUGAUAUUUCUGUAUGAAGAAGAUUUCUUGAUUUUCACAUUAUUUUUAGCUUGGCUGUUAUCGGAGAAACCCCGAGGUAUUGUCAUAGACAGCUCUUCGUGUCGUCUGCGUCUUGCUAAAACCUUAACAUUUUGUUAAGGUUUUUAAAGUGCUUCUACCUACAACUUUGAAAGUUCACAUGUAGCUGCACCUUGAUGAGUUAUACACACCACACACACAUUUUUGGGUCUCUAGGUCAAAGUUCAAGGUCACUGUGACCUCUAUAAAAAAAUUCUGACAAGCUUUCGCAGCCGAGCGUGGCACCCGUUAUGCAGUGUUCUUGUUAAAUAUUUAGAAUUUCACUCAAUAUUUAUAUGUGCUGCAGUAAUGUUGUGUAUUGCCAAUUUGUUCAUGCUGAGUUUGUUUAAUGCUCAACCUCUGUGUUUCAAUUUUAAUUACAUAUGGAAAAAAUUAUGAAGUUCACCACAUUACUUUUGUGUACAUGAAUACCCUUCAAGGGUAAGUUACUAUUCCUUCCAGUUUUUAAGUCAAUGUUAUGGUAUUUGUCUUGUACAGUAUUUUGUGUUGAACAUUACUUUUAUGUACAAAAUGUCGUCAAAAGUACCUGAAUAUUGAUCAUAUUCAUUUUUGAUUUUUUUUUUCUAAAAUUGAUUAUUGUGACUAUCUUUACUUUUGUCACAUACCAACCUGGUGUCUCUCAUGACAAAUUGUAGGAACAUUGUUUGUUUCAAAUGAUCAUAAAAAUCUGUAUGGCAAUCAAAAGUUGGCCAUUAUAUUUACCAUAUAUAUGACUCCUAAUGAAUAGGAAACUAUAGCGUGAACCUUCAAUGUAAUAUUACGCAGCACCAGUCCUGCUUCUUUCAGUGCUUCGUAACCUUUUCACAAACACAUACAAUAAGCAAAAAAAAAAAACCUUCUAUAGACCUGCGAAUCAUGCCUUAAUGUCUCUGUCUUUGAUAAUCAGGCAAAUAUAACAGGCUAGUUAAUAUGCAAAGAUUUUGUUCCCAUUAUAUAUGUACUUGUGUUGUUUACAUGUACCUACAAAAGAGUAUGUUUAUAUAAAAAUAUUUAAGCUUAUAAUUUAUGAAAUUAUUGUAUAUCAUCUUUUAAAAAUGUUCUCACUUUAUUGUGUAUCAGUGUUAAAACACUUCAAACAACUGAAGAGUUAUUGCUUAUCAAAAUAUGGUAUGUUAUAAAUAUGUUUUUUUCAACAUAUUACUUGCAACAUCCUUAAAAACCAGACUAAAUAAAUAAAAAUGACAACUAAUUGGGACACACUUUUAAAGUUCCGCAUUAUGUUUGUAACUUAUUGGCAUGAUUUGUUCCACUCGUUUAACUGAUUGCAUAUUGAGAGCAUAUUACCGGUAGUUUAAUACUAUUUGUUGAUUUUCGUAAUUAUCACUGUUUGCUUAAUUCCGUGGCUGUUAUGUUUCGCUAAAUCAUGCAUUUAUUUAGUUGCCAUUUGUUUUGUAAAUGUUAUUGUGUGUAUAUCAUGUCUUCUUAAACAUUUUGUACAUUUACCAGAUAAUGAUAGAGAAUAAAUAUAAAACAGA